GGCUCUAUUUUAACGAUCUAAGCGCAUUGUCUAAAGCGCACAGCGCAACGUCUAAAUGGGCGUGUCCGAAUCCACUUUUGCUAAUUUAACGACGGGAAAAAUUGUUUUUGCGCCGAGCGCAUGGUCGAAAAGGGUAGGUCCUUUUGUAAUGGGAGUAUUUUGGGCGUAACGUGCAGUAAACCAAUGAGAGUCACAGCUCUCAUCCCCUUUAAAAGCAAGUUGCGCUGGCGCUAUGUCUAAUCCCUAUUUAAAUGACGGACUUUGUAAACUGAAAAACUAAGCGGAGGAAGACGAUCCCCAGUUUAAGAUUAAUGUUAAAUAAUUGUGUUGUUUUUCACUUGUAUUGAAAUUGUUAUUUUUUAUUAAAACCUUUAAAACCCGUUUUCUUUUAGUCAUGGAAGUAAAAAGCAGGCUUGUAAUUGCUUUAAAUGUAUGGCUAUCCAAUAUCAUCAAAACAUAAUUUACAAGUAUGUAAGAAAAGGUUUGUACUCUAAAAAUACUUUAUUUGUAACAAACAGGAGAUAAAGAAAUUACAAACGGCUCUCCUCACGUUUCAGCACUUUGGACAGCGUUUUUUUUAGCAAAGAGUUUUUUAAGCAUUACUUACAAAUGUUUCUCAUCUCACCAUAUCCACAGGUACAUUAUAUACAAUAAAUCCGUGAGGUAGCAUUAAAAAAAACAUUUAAAAACAGACGCAUUUGUUCAAAGCAAAGCAUUUAUUUACUUACCAGGCUGGUGAAGCAGCUCUUUGCGCCUUAACGUCUCAUAAUCAGUCCUCAUUUAUAAAUAUGUCCAAGAGACUCAAUAAUAAUCUUUUACAUUCAAUCCUUUAAUCUUUCAUAUUUAAAAGCAUUUUUGUGCUGCUGCGCAUUCAUGUAGCCUACUUUGUGAUAAGCAAACCCGCGUUGUCCUCCCGUUUAUAGGCGCAUUUUACUAAUGCGCUCUUUAAAUAACAUAAAACACAUUGCGCCAUUGACUUUAGACUUUAGACCAGGUUUUUGUUGGUCAAUGGCGUAGUCUAUUUUAGUUGCCUCAAAAUAGCAACGCGCCAACAAUGCGCCUGAACACACCUCAUUUUCAGACCAGAACGCCCAUGGGCGCAAAAGGGGGCGCAAAUGCAUUUGCUAUUUAAACAACGCGGCGCUAAACAUGAAAAUUAGGGUGGAAACUAGCGAAAGACACUUGCGUCGCGCAUUGCGCUGCAUUGCGCCGGGUGUAAGAUAGAGCCCUAAGUCUGGAUUUAAUGAAGCUCUAUUAGUUUUGCUGAAGAACAUACCUACAGUUUUUAAAAUAUUUAACUGCAGGCAGUUCUCCAGCAGCCAAGAUGUAACAUAAGUCAUUGCUUUUGUGAGUUUAUCUGCAACAAUGUCUUUAGAGCGACCAUGAACAAAUAGAACGGUAUCGUCUGCAUACAUUAAACAUUCUACUUCAGAACAAACAUUAGGCAAGUCAUUGAUAUAAAGACUAAAUAAAAGGGGCCCUAAUAUUGAGCCCUGAGGAACUCCGGUAGUUAGCGUAAGCAACUCAGAAUUACAGUUGUUAAUUAGUACAGAUUGUGUACGAUCAUGCAAAUAGGAUUCAAACCAACUUAUAGUAUCACAAGAAAAUUUAAAUAAUGGAAGCUUAUUAAGUAGAACUGAAUGGUUCACUGUGUCAAAAGCUUUCUUGAUAUCCAAGAAUACCGCCGUGCUGUGAGUCCAAUGUCGCUUUUAAGUUUAACAGUCCACUGGUUGGACACGAGCUGUACACCACACGGUGCGAUGCUUCAAGCAAAAAACUUCCAUGGUUCACACACCAGCGAUACAAUCGCGGCUGCAAUUACGGAUAUACUUGUCAAGUGGCACAUUCCUUUGAACAAAGUGCAUGUCAUGCUUCGGGACAAUGCAAGUAACAUGAAAAAGGCCAUGGACAACAUGGGAGUGCGGAGCUUGGGCUGCUUUGCUCACAGCUUGCAGCUCGUAGUCAAUGAGGGACUACUGUCACAACGGAGUGUGAGCGAUGCCAUUGCAAUUGGUAGACAAAUUGUGGGGCAUUUUAAACAUUCUCCACUUGCGUAUUCAAGGCUGCAGGAUAUCCAGCUGCAGGAAAUGCAACCUAAACACCUGCAACAAGACGUCAAAACGAGGUGGAAUUCUACGUACUUGAUGAUACAGAGUCUUCUGGAACAGAAGCGAGUCCUCUGUGCUUACAUUGCUGACCAUGACCUGCCCAGUACACUGACCGCUAACCAGUGGGCUUUGCUAGAAAAAACAAGCAUUGUUCUAGCACCAUUUGAAGAGCUAACACGGAAAGUAAGCUCAUCGACUGCCUCCACCGCUGACGUCAUUCCAGCUGUCACGGUCCUCAAACGCAUCCUUGCUAAAGAAGGCGAUGCAGAUACUGGCAUCAAAACAAUGAAAAAAACCCUGCUUCAAGCUGUCAACAAACGCUUCGACACUGUGGAAGAUGAACCCCUAUAUGCACUUGCCACCCUGCUGGACCCGAGAUAUAAAGACAGAUACUUUACAAGUGCACAAUCUGCAAAGCGUGCAAAAGAUGCACUGACAGGGGAACUAGAGGAAGACCUGAGGAGGAGCACAGCUGGAGCAUCACAGGCCGGACCAUCACAGGCCGCAGAACCACAGGAAAAGUUCCCUCGGGUGGAAGCAGCAGCACCGAGCAGCUUUAUGCAAGAGUUUGAGCAAAUUGUGGAGGAGUCUGAAGAUCCUGGUGCAGCAAGCAGCUCAAGCCCUGCAGUCCAACUGCAUGGUUAUCUUGCAGAGAAAACCAUUGCUACCUCAGACAACCCAUACCAGUACUGGGGAGUCAACAAAUACAGAUUACCUUGUCUUGCUGCCACUGCCACAAAAUACCUCUGUGCCCCCUGCACUAGUGUGGAAAGUGAGCGAGUGUUCAGCACAGUUUCUAACAUUGUGGAUGAAAAGAGAAGUAGGCUUACAGCAGAGAGAGCAGAAAUGCUUGUCUUCAUGAGAAAGAAUUUGCCAUUGCUGAUUAAGUGAGAAUUCACAGGUCAUGUUUAUGAUGGUGGUGUGACACUGCACUACAUGUUUACAAUGUUUGGUUAUUAUUAUUUGUAUGUCUGAUCAAGUUGUUGUUCCGCCAACUUUGUUUAUUCAGCAUUUGUUUAUUACUAAGGUUCAGCUGCUAUGUUGCAUUUUAAAUUCCUGUUUGCAGGAUUUUGCACUUUAUAUUUUUGUUUACAAUGUUUGGUUACUGUUUGAUUACUAUUGUAAACCUAUUGUUUUGUUUCUUGAGGCUACAUUUUAUUUAUUUUAAUUUAAGAGUUUUAUUACAUUUUAUUUUAUAUUUGAAUGCACAAUUGUUAUAACAAAUUUAUAAGAAUUCAGAUGUUUACAGUGAUUGGUAACUGUCAUAUUACUAUUGUAUGUUUGACCAAUACACAGUUUUUUUC